GAAGAGCGUAACGCAGUUUUCCAGCGCUCUCCUCACAAAGUCCGCACUGACUCCGGGACAGCGGACCGCAAGGAAUAUAAGUCAAAGGAAUAAAGGCAGCAGAGGGAGGAGGAGGAGGAGUAGUCCAAACGACAGGAACAGCGAGUGUUGUCCAGGGAAGAGGGGUCUCCCCAAAACCUGAGCCAUGAGUCGCAGCAUCGUGCGGCAGAGUAAGUUUCGUCAUGUCUUUGGCCAGACGGUCAAGGCUGAGCAGGGUUACGAUGACAUUCGUGUGUCCAAGGUGACAUGGGACAGCUCCUUCUGCGCCGUCAAUCCAAAGUUCUUGGCAGUCAUCAUUGAAUCCAGUGGAGGAGGAGCAUUUCUGGUCCUGCCCCUCUCUAAGACAGGUCGUGUGGAUAAGAACUACCCACUGGUGAUCGGUCACUCUGGACCCGUCCUUGAUAUCGACUGGUGCCCUCAUGACGACAAUAUCCUGGCCAGCUGUUCCGAGGACUGCACUGCAAUGGUGUGGCAGAUUCCAGAUCACGCUUUGACCCGCCCCCUGUCGGACCCAGUGGUAGUCUUGGAGGGACACUCCAAACGAGUUGGCAUCGUCAGCUGGCACCCCACCGCACGCAACAUACUACUCACUGCAGGCAGUGAUAACCUGAUAAUUAUCUGGAACGUGGGGACAGGUGAACCCCUCAUCUCCAUGGACGACCACCCAGAUCUCAUCUACAGUGUCAGUUGGAACCGAAACGGCAGCUUGUUUUGUACCACCUGUAAGGACCGACGUCUGCGUGUCUGUGACCCCCGCAAGAGAGAAGUGGUGGCGGAACGUCUGGCUCCACAUGAGGGGAUCAGGCCAAUGAGGGCCAUCUUCACCAGAGAUGGAAACAUCUUCACCACAGGAUUCACCAGGAUGAGUCAGAGAGAGCUCGGCCUCUGGGACCCGACAAAUUUUGAGGAGCCUAUUGCACUUUUGGAGUUGGACACAAGUAAUGGAGUAUUGUUACCUUAUUAUGAUGCAGAUGCAAAUAUGGUCUACCUCUGUGGAAAGGGGGACAGCAGUGUCCGUUAUUUUGAGAUCACAGAGGAACCACCGUAUGUUCACUACCUCAACACCUUCAGCAGUAAGGAGCCCCAGAGAGGGAUGGGCUUCAUGCCCAAAAGAGGUGUUGAUGUCAGCAAAUGUGAGAUUGCCAGGUUAUACAAGCUGCUUGACAAGAAAUGUGAGCCCAUCACAAUGACGGUGCCCAGGAAAUCGGACCUCUUUCAGGAUGACCUGUACCCAGACACAGCAGGGCCUGAGCCUGCCAUGGAACCUGAGGAGUGGCUGGAUGGCCGAGAUGAAGAUCCCAUCCUGGUGUCCAUGAGGCAGGGCUACGUGCCGCCGAAGAGCCGAGAGCUCAAAGUGGUGAAGAAGAACGUGCUGGACUCCAGACCCACCACCCGACGCAGCAUGUCCACUUUGGACACCAACAGCUUGCCGCUUCCACCUGUUUUCAUUGAUUUCCUUCAGUCGUUCACCGUCCUUGACCUAUUCUUUGAACUUUAUCCUUAAUUUCACCGUCUUAUCCCAAUCUUUUUUUCCUUUCUUAUUCUUUCCCUUUUUUCCUUCUCCACACUUGUCUCUCCUCUUAUCCUUUCCAGCCUGAGCUCCUUGAGAGGUUGCUGGAAGAGAUUCAGAAUCUGAAGGCCACAGUGUUGUCUCAGGAGAAGAGAAUCUGUGACUUGGAGAAUAAGCUUUCCCAGUACACCAAUGGCACUGCCUGAUGUGUAUGUAAACAUGUUCUGAUAAACUGGUCUAAAUUUACUGACAAGGAAUCUUCUGAAUGCUCGGUGAAUGUGGACACACGACUGUUCGACAGAUUUGAGCAAAUUACAUCCAUACCUGUUCAGUGUUUGAGUCUAUAUAAUCCUUAUC